AUGAAUGCACGAUGUCUUCUUCAAAGAACAUAUGGAGCUCGUUAUUCUGAAUAUGAGCAUGAUGUAGCAGCUUAUUUGUUAUUAACCUCGGGGAGAAGCGCUUACAAAUUCAAAAAGGCCAAUAUGAAUCUCAUAAGUCUAAAAUCGGUACAGCGACAUAUAUCUCUUCACACCCACGAUACCAGAGAAGGUGUUUUAAUGAUUCAACCUCUAGUUAAGUAUUUGGAAACCAAUAAUUUCCCGAAGGUAAUUGCAUUAAGUGAGGAUGGUACUUCGCUGUCUCCUAAUCCGGAGUAUUCGCCUCGUACCGAUUCUUUGCGAGGUCUUGUUGCGCCUUUGGACAGCAAUGGAAUGCCAAUACUUGACUGCUUCAAAAUGACAUCAGCGGAAAAAAUGAUUCAGGACCUAAAAAAGUACCCCAUUGGAGAAUAUUUAUACAUUGUUAUGGCUACCCCGAUGGUCGUUGGUGCAUCUCCUUUUUGUGUCUUGUAUAUGUGCAGCGACAACAAGUUUACGCAUCUUCAAGUCCAGCUGCGCUGGUAGAACGUAGAAGAUGAACUCGAAAAGGCUGGAAUAAAAGUAGUAUGCCACUCAUCGGACGGUGAUCCACGACUCCUGCGAGCCAUGAAGCAAAGGACAUGCCUUCCACAUCCGACUGCGUGUACAUUAUACGGGCCAUACUUCAUAGCUAACAUAAGCGACGAUGUAGUUUUCAUUCAAGAUACUAUACAUCUUGUGAAUAAAUUUCGCCAUGCCUUGCUGAAUCCGAAGAAACAUAUGGAGUUAGGCAACUAUGAUGUAACGUCUGCUGAUUUGAGAAAUAUGCUAGAAAAUGGAGAUAAAGUUAUACACAGAAUGAACCCGUCUGAUCUCAACCCUGCUGAUAAGAUGAAAUUUGAUCCAUCAUUGAAACUGAUGACACAAGAUUUGAUCGAACACUUGAUCGAAGUAGUUCCAAAUUCGAACGGUACAGCUAUAUAUUUAAAACUGAUGGGUUUGAUUUAUAACUCUUACACCAUGGACGACAUUUCUCCGACAGAACGAAUAUGUACAAUAUGGACUACUUUGUUCUUUCUUAGAGCUUGACGUUGGCAAUGUAUUAAAAAGGAUAACAGCAUUCAACAUUGUAUAACUUCUAAUGUAUACUGGUGCUUAGAGUUGAACGCACAUGAGAUGGUUCAUUUUUUGAUAUACUGUCGUGAAAAUAAUGUACCAGAGCAGUUCGUACCACAGAUACUUAACAGUCAGCCCUGUGAAACUUCGUUUCGAGAGCUAAGAUCUAUGACUACAAUGAAUCACACAGCGAUCAACUUUACUAUGAAGGAUGUGGAACAGAGAAUGCAACGAGUACAGAUGAAGCUACUAAUAGCUCAUCGUAGAAAAAACAUGCUUUCAUUUCCCAGUCUUCGAAAAAAUGCUUCGAAAGCAUUGGCUGCUAAGUCAUACGAUCUUCCAGAUGAUGACCAAAUUUCACAAUCCAUCAAAAAGGCCGUGGAGAAGGCAACGGAACUUCUUCUGUCUGUAGGGUUUUCAAAAAAGGAUAUCAACUUUACAAAUAGCUUAAUACUGCGUAACUCUGAUGUGACAUAUGAGUUUGAAUAUGUAGACGUCGGCAAUAUUACUGACACAUGUGAAGAUUCCACGAACGAGUGUUUCCGAAAACAGGAGGAGAAGCUGUUCUUAGACGUUGCACAACAAAACGGAACGAAACGGAACAAAAUAUUUUCAAAAUAA